AUUCAAGAUGUGCUGACAAGUUAUGCUCUAGAUUGCAUCAACCUACAAGGCAUAGUUGAUCCUAAUUUUUUGGUUGUCAAUUAUACCUUGCUUCCUUGCUCCACUUUCCUCAGUCAUGCAAUUGCCUCAGACCCAGAUCAGAAUCAUUCUUCAAUUUCCUAUUUAAUAAGCUUAGCUUACAGAUGAUCAUCACACAGCAUUUAAUUCAUUGAAAACUGGGAGAUCUGUGAAGUAGUGAUCACUAUCUAAAACUAGUUACUAUAUUUGUUGUAAAACAAGUAGUAAUUUGUGCAGGGUGUGAUGGCAGCAGAUUGGGGUCCAGUGGUGAUAUCAGUAGUGUUGUUUGUGCUUUUAAGCCCAGGGUUGCUGUUUCAGCUUCCAGCUAAGGGCAAGGUGGUGGCAUUUGGGAACAUGCAAACUAGUGGCUUAUCUAUCUUAGUCCACACCAUCAUCUUCUUUGGACUCAUCACCAUCUUUCUACUUGCCAUUGGUGUGCAUAUUUACUCUGGAUAAUCAAUCAUCCCCUAGCAAUGUACCACUAUAUGUUGUUUUAUUCUCUAUGGUUGGUGUUUUUCUUUUUGUUCUUUUUUAUUCUGGUUUAAAUUAUUUUGUUGUAAUGUAACUUUUAAGAUGUGAUCAAGGAUUGAUGACUUAAUUAAUUUCUUCUUUCAUUUCU